AUGGUAUUAACUGCUGAGGCUGAAGGUCGACUAAAGCCUGGUUCCGUUUUGGUGGAGCCGACCAGUGGUAAUACUGGCGUUGGACUUUCCAUGGCUGCUGCGGUGCGUGGCUAUGGAAUGGUCAUCACCAUGUCAGAGAAGAUGUCCCAAGAGAAGGAGGUGACAAUGACUGCGCUAGGCGCGAAAGUUAUUCGGACACCGAUGACUCUGCCGUCGGACCACCCUGACAGUCUUUUCGGUCUCGCGAAUCGUCUUGUGAAGGAGAAAGGCUACGUCAUGCUCGACCAGUACAAUAAUUCAGCCAACCCUCAAGCACACUACGACGGCACUGCGAUGGAGAUCUACGAUCAGUGUGAUGGGAAGGUCGAUAUGGUUGUGAGCGCCGCUGGUACUGGUGGCACUAUAACGGGCAUUUCCCAACGACUCAAGGAGCUACUCCCGAACGUCACGAUUGUUGGCGUCGACCCCGUUGGAAGCAUUCUCGCGGACCCCGAGCACGAUAAGGUGUCCUCAUACAUGGUCGAGGGUAUCGGCUAUGAUUUCGUUCCGAAGGUUUGUGAGCGCGAUCGUGUAGAUCGCUGGGUUAAAGUUAAUGAUAAGGAGAGCUUUGACCUCGCCUUGGAACUGAACUCUCUUGAGGGACUGAUGGUGGGGGGCAGCAGCGGAUCUGCGUUUUCGGGCGUGUUGAAAGCAGCCAAGGACCUUCGUGAAGACCAGCGCUGUGUUGUCAUCCUACCAGACACUCUCCGCAAUUACUUGGGUAAAUUUGCCGACAAAAAUUGGAUGAUCGAACACGGUCUUCUGGAAGGUGAGGUGACCCGACCGAGCUACGAGGUACUGGAAAACCAGGUUGACGAGUUGAAGAAGCGUCUUGCCAAAUACGAGACUCCGUCAGAGUGA